AUGAAUACGCAUGCGUCUUUAACAUCAUUAAAUCAGCAACAAAAUGGACAGAAAAUCUGUUGUAUUUGUUUGGAGAAAAAAUCAGUAGAUAUACCAACUAUUAAUUGUGAUCAUCGACAUGAAUUUUGCAAUGAAUGUAUUGUACAAUGGUUUGCAUUGAAGAAAUUUGAUUGUCCCAUAUGUCGAAAAGUGUGGCAAGAAAAAGAAUGUUCAGAUACAUCAAGUCAAAACGACGGCCAUUUAGCUGUUUCACUUGAAUCACUUUCGUCAUUUGCGAUUGAAAGUUCUUAUCAGCCACCGAUAGCUUAUUUUGGCAUAUUCUAUCCGGCGAUUCAUCCAACAACAACAACUCGUGCUCGUCGACAAAUUGUAUACAAUACUAAUACUGCUCAGUAA